AAUUUGACUUUCGUCUCACAUUGUAUAUUACAUUUUUCUCCGUGCUUGCUCACAUUUCAGAUGUUAUUUUGAGUUGUUACAUUCAAGUCGGCUUUUUGCAGUUCCAUAACAUUUUAAAAUAAUAAUUCAACAUUGUUAAUAAAUGACAAAUGAUAGUUUAAAAAGUGAAACAUCAGAGAGAUACAGCUCUGAAAUGAAAUCUCCAAAAUUGCUGCUAUUUGGAAAUCCUUUACUGGAUGUCACCAUACAAAUCAAUAAUGAUGAGCUGUUGAAAAAGUACAACAUUGAGAGGAAUGGACAAGCAGAAGUGCCACUUGAUAAAUUAACAAACUUAUUCAACGAUGCAAGAGCAAGAUAUAGAACAUUUAAAUAUAGUCUUGGAGGAAGUUGUUUAAACUCGUCGAGAAUAUUGGCGUCAUUGGGUCAACGGGAUCUUGCAUUCUACGGAGCUAUCGGAAAAGAUCAAAAUGCUAAAAUUGUUAAGGAGAUUCUUAAAAGAGGCGGAGUGAAUUCCUGUUUACAGGAAUUGAAUACAAGAACUGGAACAUGUGUGUGCUUAUGUCAAGGAUCGGAUAGAUCGUUAGUAGCAAAUAUUGGAGCAGCUUUAAACUGCGAGAAAUCUCAUGUCCAAGAAAAUAUUGAGAAAUUAACUCAAGAUCCAGAUUAUUACUAUAUUGAAGGAUUCUUCAUACCUAAUAAAAUGGAAAUUUGUCGGUACCUGAAUGAUAAGUUUUCAGAAAAUCCCAAUACUUUAUUCAUUACAAAUCUCAAUGCACCAUAUAUUGUUAAAACAUUUCAAAAGAAUGUCACAUGGAUGGUUCAAAAAGCUGAUAUUAUCUUUGGGAAUCGUGAUGAAUUUGAGGAGCUUGCAACAAUAAAUGGAUUUCAAUCGAUGGAUGACUUAUUGUCUGACUUGUUUGGAAAGUAUUCAAAGAGUCAUCGACAGAAAGUGGUUAUUAUAACGGAUGGAGCCGAUCCUGUAAUAUUCUUGUGCGGGAAUAAGAACGGCUUUGAAUCGAAUACUGUGGCAGUUCCUCAAGUUAAUAUUGAUGAUAUAAAAGAUACAACAGGAGCAGGCGAUUCAUUUGUUGCUGGAUUUCUUUUCGCACAUAUGAAAGGCGAGGAAGUGAAGAAGUGUCUUGAAUUUGGAUGCAAAAUUUCAGCAGCAGUAAUUCAAACGUUAGGCUGUAAUUUACCAAAAGAUGUUAAGUUUUAGCAAAUCUAAAGUACAAGCACGUGCUGAAUCUUUCCUUAUUAGUGUUAUACGUAAAUUUUGAAAUGAUUGGUUGUUAAGCAAGUAGCAUUUAUGAACAAUUUUUUUUUCACCUUAAAGAUAUUGUUAAUUAUAGGUAAUUUAUCAAAAUUCGGCAGUUACUUUAAAGUUGUGC